GGAAAAACAACGAUUCUAGACGGGACCUCCUCAUCAGUCCGGAAGAAUCAAGACAAGCCGCACCCAGCGACUGCUUCAACCUCUCUACAAGUAUCACCCACAGUUGAUCGACUCCGUUCAUCGCCAGCGUUUUCUCGAUCGUUGCUGCCAGCAGAUACCAAAUCACGAACCAUAGAUAGACUAGAACAACACACCCCAGUUACCAACAGAUCGUGCCUCAAAAAAUGUCGUCGCAAGCCCCGAGUGUUGCCCAGGAAGUCUCGGCGAGUCUUUCGGACGGUCCCAGCACCGAGACACGGAAUGCAGAAAUAUGGUCGACGCGGCUACAGCGCGAGCUUCUAGCGUUGACCACGGACAAUGCCUCGGAGGAGGCCAAGACGGAAAUGACCGCCGUCUUGCCGCCCUUUUGCUCAAUAAAGGAGCACGCUUUGGACAUCGAAGCCGGAAACUGCACCGUCACGUGUCUCCUGGACCUUCCCAAGGCGGCGAGCACCGACGGGGACAAGGCGGAAGGAUCCGAAACAACAACUGAGGAAACUGACAAGGCAGACGCUCCCAUCGUUGUCACCUUUGACGUGUCGCUGCAAAAGAAAGCCGACGGAUCCGUGGACACCUCGGCCGUUUCCUAUCCCUUUCUGAAGCCGCUCGCCUGCCUCGCCAGCGGUUGCGGAAACUUCCCGGAGGGAUCGACGAUCCGUGACGGAGACGCGAUCGACAUUGAAAUGGACUGGACGCCCAGCCUGCACCUGUCGGACGCAAUCCUGAAUGUUUCUCUCAAGAUCAAAGAGUGCUUGUCCCAGGGCGAAGCCUUUCACGCGGCAGAGGUCUCUUCGAAGGCCUCCAAGGCCGAGCAGGCCGUCAACGAAGCCGUCAACAAGGCCAAGACGCUCGGGGCCAACCUCGGUGCGAGCCUACGAAACCUGGCGCACAACGCCACCACCGACAAGGACGGCGAGAAGAAGAAGAUCCGGCUCCCGAUGGGACGAAAGAAAAAACAGCGCCCCAAGGCUACGGCCAAAGAGAUCCGAAUCGGAGACGAGAUCAACAUGCUCGAGGCCCCCUGGGUGGACUGUCAGGGCGUGUACUCCUGCAAGGCCAUUCGCCGGCCCAAGUUUGCGGAGGAAGCCAUUGCCCUGGCGGACUCCAAAGACAAGAUAACGAAGGAAGAGGAAACCGAACAGGUGAGAAGACGAACCGCGUCCUUGCUGGACCAAGACAGCGAUCAGGGCCCAGUCCCGGAUGCCUUUGGAGAUUACAUGCGGCAACAGGCCGGUGGCGUCACCCAGGUGUGUCGUGGAAUCGAAUCGAAUUGAAUUGAAUCGAUUAUCUUGUCGUUGUUGUGAGGCAUUGGUUUCUUUGGAUGCUCUGCAGUCUUGAUCUCUAACUUUUGUUUUCCCACUGGAUAAAUAAAUUCAUUUGUUUGCGUUCUCCAAUAUCCACAGGUUGCAAGUGCGGGCUUUGCCGGCGCUGGACUCAUGCUUCAAAAAUUCACCAACUCUACCCGUGGACUCCUGGAAGAGUCGUUCUUAAUGAUCACCGAAUCCCACAUUAUCGAAAUGAGAUCGAACAAAUUGAACCUGAGCACCGGUACCGUAUCCUUUGCCAUUCCCAUCGACAUGAUGGCCAAGCUCAAAUUCCGGCGACAGGAAUCCAUUUCCUUGUUCUUCAAACCCGCUCCUGAGGAUCCUCUCAUCUACAUGUGUCCAGACAGCGCGGAUUGUGUCCACCAAAUCCAGACCGUUUUGAAACGACACGGUGUCAAGGGAAAGCACACCAAUGCGGCUACCCACCGCGCCAUCAACGAGGCGCUUCAGUUGGUUCAGGAGAUCCAAACCAAGGAGCUUGCACUGAAGCACGAUCCCAACAUCGAGCGGGUGAACCAAAUCAUGGAUCUAUACCGACAGGCCGCGGAACGCUUCGAGGUGGCCGGUGAUGUUCGACACGAAGAAGUCGUGACCCACAUGCGCAAGUUCUUGGCGUUGCCCCUCACCGUCAGUGUCUUGGAUGGAAGCUACGUCACACCCACGCGCAAUGCCGACAACGAACCCAUUCCGUCCCCGGUGACCAAGGGAGGCGCGUACGACUCCAACAUGGACUCGCUCCUUUCCAAAGCCGAGACCGACCUGUCUAACAUGAAGGGUAACGACGACAAGGAACUGGACGAUCUCUUUGCCGACGGGACGGACGAUGCUCUCGGAAGCACCGCGGAUACCAUUGCCGAGUUCGAAAACAUGCUCAAGGAGGCCGACAAGGAAUUGGCCGAGCUGAUGGCAUCAUAAUACCACUGCAGGCAUACCACCCACCACCAAAUGGAUGCCAUAUGCAAUCCCCGGUACGGUGGUCGAGAAGGAUCGUUGGAUCAAGCACCCGUGGACCCUUGUUUCCGAGACAACGAAAGUGAAAACACUCUAAAAUCCAAAUCUGAGAUGCAACUCUACCCUAGUGCCAAACACAAAAACAAUAACAUCUGUGUUAGAAGUUAUUGGUUUGUUUGUUCGAAAGCUCUUUCUGUUGUAGCUUGCUAUUCUAAUAAUAGUGGCACUAGCUCAUACAUUAAACAUGCAUUUAAAAC